CAUCAAAGCACAGCUGAUUUCAUCAAGAUAAGUCGUGAAACUAAAGAAAAUAGCCUGCACCAAGAGUAUCCGCUACUUUUCUUGAGGGUUCAUUUACUCGUUGUGGUGUUCUGGGGGGUGGUGAAGUCCUGAUUUAGUCUUGGCAAUGACACGACUAACUUCGCCCACUGUGCUGCUACUGAUACCGUGCGCGAUCUCGAUGCCACUGAGGCUGAGGUUCAGCCUCGAAGGCGAGGAAUAGAUAAGCCUAGCCAACACUGUCGAUUAUCUCCAUCUCCUUUAAAGCAAGCAUUAUAGUUAAAACUAUACAAGACGAGGGCGCGGAUUAUCGGUCAUAAGUAAUACAUCAACAUCCAUGAAGAAAUUGUUGCCCCCGAGAGAUACUCAGAGUCUUCAAGGAAAUGCCAGGAGUCCGGACGCGAAGCUGAUCCGCCAUGGCCAACAACCGCGUGAGGCCUCUUCCAUCCAGUCUCCAUUGUCUCCAUUGAGAGCAAUCGAUCCAUUCGAUGCUCGAACGAGUGUAAUUGCAAGGACGUUCUCAUUGACCUCCCGCCGCUCCGUGCGCAAAGCUCGCUCCGCUUUCACCUCCAAGUCUCGAACACCGGCUAAGUUUCAGUACGCACCACUACCUACUCCAACGUCAAUCCGACUUCUAGAAGUCGUUGAACCACUAUCACCCGACGAUAUUCGCUGCUCUCUAGUUGUCAGAGAUGUAAAGAAAGAGCCGUGGUACAACUGUCUCUCGUAUACUUGGGGCAAUCCUUUUCCAGUUGAGGCGAAGCGUUCGGAGGAGGAAAGCAUUAACUGGAAGGCGCGAAAUUGUUCAAUAACAUGCAACAACAGAAUACUGCAAGUCACAAGAAGUCUGAGAGAUGCACUGUGGGAACUUUCUCAAGGGCCCCAAAGCGGAAAACUCCACCGGAUUUGGGUUGAUGCCGUUUGUAUCGACCAAGAAAACAUUCCUGAACGUAAUGCGCAAAUUCUGCUUAUGUGUGACAUCUACAGGCUAUCACAAUCAGUCGUUGUGUGGCUAGGCCCUAAGACUCACUAUUUGGGACUAGCCAUUCAGGUUAUGGAAAGACUCGCAUCGUUAUCCCCAGAGAAAUUUGACAAAGCACGUGCAUUUCACCCCAAUCAGGACGCGCCGUACAAAGUAUUGGGUAUCCAGAAGAUAUUUCCAAUAGAGUGGCAGGCUUGGGUCGAAUUUUUUGCGCGGUCAUGGUUUGGGAGAGCUUGGGUCUUUCAAGAGGCCGUGGUCGCCCGGGAUCUCCUGGUGAUAUGUGGAUCGACGGAGAUCUCCUGGGACCUUAUUGCACAUACAUCCUGGUUCCUGAAUGUUAGUCAAUGGGACACAAAGAUUGGAGAUGAAGAAGAGGGCUAUCGAAACAUUAUCUAUACCUCCAGGUACAUUUCAAGGAGUCGACAGACGAUACAAAUGUCAGGAGACAAACGUUUCCUGAGCGAUGGUCCCACUUACGACUUCCUUUUGGAGCGAGGUCGAUCUCACUUCCAGGCGUCAGAUCCUAGAGACAUGAUAUAUGCUGUUCUCGGCUGCGGCUUCCCAGGACUUCGACGUUAUAUUGUUCCAGACUACCAAAAAUCAGUAGCAGACGUCUAUACCGAGGCCACGUGGGCGUUGAUACGCUGCAGUCACGACCUUGGAUUCUUAACCGGCGUGGAGGAUGCUUCAAAGCGAAGAAUCUCAACACUACCUUCAUGGGUACCGGACUACAGCGUUUCCCCAUACCCAAUUCCUCUACAAGGACUGUAUCAAGAUGGUGGUAAAGGCACGUACUAUGCUGCCGCCGGCCGUCCUCGCAUUGUUACUAUCAAAAGCCAACCAGGGAAAAUUCUCAGGCUUUCAGGGUUGCGCUUUGAUCAGGUUGUCGACGUUGGGGAGAGUUACGAGGAGCUAUUCACGUCUCUUACGCACACCACCUGGGCAGAGAAAAUCAUAAGUCAGCUGGACUAUCGUUUCAUUACUGGAGAAAGUAAUAUCGAAGCACUCUGGAGAACCUUGGUCGGAAAUACAGAAGAGGGCAACUUUCCAGCUCCUCCUACUCUAGGGCUAUGCUUCCGUUCUUGGGUUACAUGGAAAGUGGCUUCGUUGGUUUACAAAGCCAGCUCUGGGGGAUGUGCAAAAGCUAUCGAAUUAGAACAUUAUGAAGCUGCCUUCAAGAGUUUGAGCAUCUCGGACAGCUUGAGCAAAACAGAUGAGAAAGGGUUGAUUCCAGAAGCCGAAGAGAUCCAGUCCUGCGCAGCGUCUCUCGAAACGUUUCGACGAGAUCCUAGCUCCACACCCACUGUACUCUACCGUGCUACACUGUUUGACGACGAGGCUAGCAUUGUUUUUUCUGAGCGCCGUUUACUGAGAACGAAGAAACGAUACCUUGGCUUAGGGCCGAUGAGUAUCAGGAUCGGCGAUGUAAUAUGGAUUAUUCCCGGCGCAAACGCUCCCGUUAUAUUGCGUAAAGUUUCUACUCACACCUAUCGUCUUGUAGGAGAAACUUACAUUCAUGGUAUCAUGCGUGGUGAGGCAUUGAGAAACAAGUUCGAACCAUGGAACCGAUCAAGAUCGUGUGACAUAUAUUCUGGCUAGGGCAUUGAAGGAUCGCUAAUAUCCUCUCUAAUUCUCUUAUUCUUGAGGUCUUAAGUGUAGUUUUGUAAACAUAAUCUUGGCUACUUCAUUUUUUCAUUUCAAAUCAGGCUUAUGUUUACGCGGUAAAUAACGUACCGGGAGGGUUCAUCUAAGGUGAUAAGUAGAGUUCGUCUUUGUAUCAAAGAAAACUUGACAUACAUGUAGAAAAGCAACUACAAUGCGGAGACGCUGCCUCUACUAAGUGUAGGAAAUCUCUCCCGGUGGCUUCAAAACAUAUACUCCAGGCAUACCUAACGUAAACUCAUUAUGGUCUGAGCUCUCGACA